ACAAAAACACAUAUUUCAACUAUUGCUGUGAAUGACGAAGAGACAGCGACAGCAUCGUUAGCUAUUAGUCUUGAUUUACCAGAAGAUCUCAACGACUCUUCUUCAACGACACUGCCACAACAAAUACAACAACCGUUACAAGUUACCCCACCACUUCCAAGUAUACCACCGCCACCAACGGAACAUGGACAAAAACAUCAGGAUUUAUUGAGAUUUAUUAUGGAAAAUCAUCUGGAAACCUCGUAA